AUGAACAACCAGGCGCGGGCCCCAAACCCCUCACCGGCCCGGGUCUUGGCCUUGGUCCGGGCUUCGACCCCGGUCAGGUCCUCGAUCCCGGUCCGCAUCCCAACUCCUGCCCGGGCCUCGACCCCAGCCCGCACCCGGAAUCCCGCCCAGACCCCGGUCCGGGCCCCGAAUCCCGUCCAGAUCCCGAAUCCCGUCCAGAUCUCGGCCCGGGCCCCGAAUCCCGCCCAGACCCCUGUCCGGGCCCCGCGUCCCGUCCAGAUCCCGGCCCGGACCCCAAAUCCCCCCCAGACCUCGACCCCGCGCCGGGCCCCGAAUCCUGUCCGGAUCUCGGCCCCGGCCCGGGCCCAGAGUCCCGCUCAGACCCCGACUCCUGUCCAGACCCCGGCCUCUGCCUGGACCCCCACUCUCGUCCAGACCCCGACUCCGGUCCAAACCCCAACCCCAGCCUGGACUGAGACUCCUGUCCAGACCCCGACUGCCGUCGGGACUCCGACCCGGGUCCAGACCCUGACUCCAGUACAGAUUCCAACCCGGGUCCGGACGCCCACUCCGAUCAGGACCCCGACUCUGGCCCGGAUCCCAGCCCCAACCUCAUUCCCAGUCGGGGUCCCGAUCACAGCCGUUGCCCCUGCGUGGGAAUCCUUAGGGAACUCAGCCCCACCUUUGGAUCCACCCUCAGAAUCUGCUCCGGAGCCCCCUGUGUGGCCGGACAAGGAUCUUUCACCGACACCCAGUGUGAAGCACUUCCCAUCAGUCGCCAAUGAAUUUGGCUCUGUCACCCAAGAGUCCCUUCCUGCCCUCACUCCAACGGCCGCUGAUUUCCUGGGGCCCACCCUUGGGUCAACCUCGAGGGCAGACUCCUCAGCCACCAAGUUGAUGGAUUCCACUCCCGAUUCUAUUCCCGCACCCAUCCUGGAGACCGACUCCUUCGCCACCGCUUUCACCUCCACCUUCGAGAACUUACCGGAGGACAGCAAGAUCCUGAUUCGAGUGAUCUACUGUGGCCUCUGAAGCUACAGCCUUCGGUACAUUCUACUGAGAAAGAGUCUGGAGCUGCAAUUUCCAAAUUGUCUAUGCUUUGAGGAGGAAAGAUCUGCCCAGGCUACAGGGGAGUUUGAAGUGUUUGUGGAUGGAAAACUGGUCCAUUCAAAGAAGAAAGGCGAUGGCUUUGUGGAUGAGGCCAGGCUGCAGAAGAUUGUGAGCAUUAUCGACGAGGAAAUUAGGAAAAGGUAGCAGGCAACCGGCCAAAGUUGUAAAGCUGUGCCACCCAAUAACAGCCUACGGCUUUUCAACUUAGGCUUUUCAACUUAUGGAGCCUCAGCAGGAUGCCGAGAAGGGCUGAAAUGUUGCCAAGUCAGGUCCUUUUCUGAUGGUAGCUGGGGCUGGGGUGAG